AUGGAAACUAUAGAAAACUAUUCCUUUACAGAAAGCAAUAACAGUGUUAUAACUGAACAAGAAUCUCAUUUGAAUGUAGAUUUUUUACUCAAUAAAUCAUACACAUUAUAUCAUUGCACUCCACUUUACAAUUUUAAUAAUGAGAAAAUCGAAAAUUACACCAACGAAUUGAAAGAAUAUCUGCUAUCAAAAGAAACAGUAACAGGAUAUGAUAAUGAUGAAAACGAACAAGAUGAUGAAUUCAAUGGUAGCAAAAUUGAAGAGGUAAAAAUUUUGCGUAUUAAUUUGGCUGGAUGGUCAGGAGUUCAUGAUAAACCGUUAGGAGUGAAGAUUCUAUUCAAAUAUAAAGGACGGAAAAAAGAACAAGAAUCUCAAAUUGUAAUCUUGCCAAGUAUUCAAAACGAAGUCUCUUUGACCAAUUCAAAGUUUACCAAAUAUCCGCUUUUAAUGGUCAAAGCGUUACAAACCAUCACAGAGAUGUUUUUUGAAUGGCUUCAAUCGCGUUUUGACUGUCGUGUAUGUCCAUUUAUUAUUCAACCGUACAAUCUACGACAAUUGGUAGAGAUUUGGUCAAAAUCGAUGUUCUCCGAUUUGGAUAGUAUUGAAGACGAAGUAUCAGGAAUUUUAGAGGAAAUAGAAGACUAUUUAUUUCGAUCACUUCACUUAAAACUUUCUUCGAUUGUAUUAACCAAGGUAGGUUUGAAUUCAUUCUACAUUUCAAAUGAUGGCAAAUUAAAGUUCUUUCAUGUCCCUCAUGAUGGUCAUGAACAGUUGUUGAUAAAGACCUUGGAACAAUUUAUCGCACUUGCAGAAAUGUAA